UAUGUACACCCGGCUGAGCCGUGCACACCACCACUUACAUACACCUCCGAACCACAACCAUUACGGACAGACCAGGGGUCCAAGUCUCCGAAGAGGGUUGGCUGGGUUGAGGUAGAGUUCCGCCGCAAAUGAAUGAACGUUCGAGGGCUGAAGGUGGGCAAGGUAAAUGUCUAUAAGUGCGAGCCUUUCCUCCUCCUUCUUCCUCUGGAUUCCCUCCCAUCUUCCAUCAACACCAUUCCUCUCGACGACAAAGAAGACAACUCUCUGAAGCAAGCCACAUCAGCUCUCAACGUUCACAACCCAUCAACAACACCAACCAAUUCUCACCCAAUCAACCGCCAACAUGCCCGUCGCUCCCUCCUGCUGCAAGUGCGGAAGCAUGAUCGUCAUCAGCAACUCGUGCCCGUCCUGCGGCCACCACGAGUGCCGAACCUGCCUCUAAAUCAACAAUCCUCGAGAUGUAACGCCGUUCAAGAUGAAUUGAAAAGUCUUCCAAUACGACGGUGUCUACAUUGCACCGAGAGAGGCUCCGAAGCCCAACACCAAAGAAAAGGGGAAAAACUUACACCACACCCCCACAUCAACCAGGCUGGCAAAUGGCCCCCACAUUACCACCCAAGCCGAUGAAUUCCGAGCUUUCAUCCACCAGACACCUCAAGCUUUUUUCACAACCUCGCAGCCUUGAGGCUCCAACGAAAAUUUUGCGGCGCUACAUCAGCAAACAACCUACACGGCCAUCCCGUGUGACUCUACUCCCCUGAUGGAACGGUGGCGACAAUGAACGGGCUGGCUUCUUUUUGGCGUCUGGAUUUAUACUUGUUUCCAAUGACCAAUACCCCCAUACCCUUGUUUUGAUUGUAUCAAUAUUUUCG